AUGUGUGUGUGGAUUUGGCUAGUUGGGAUUGUUGUGUCGAGUGCAGUGGCAUUCGGUGUGUACGCCGACCCCGAGGCGAUCACGACUUGUGAAGAAUUCGAGCGAAGCGCAUACUUCAACCCGUACGAUGUAGUCGAUUCCAUGUGGAAAAUAUUUUACAUCUGGGCAAACACUACUGAAAUGUAUCCAAUAAUCUUUUCGUUGCCUGCAAAGAACAGAAUCGCUAAAAUAAAAGCAAUGGUAGAGGCAGUGGACCCGGAUUUAGACGUAGAAUGGCACAAGGCCACGCUGCUGAUGGAGCCGCGGCCCGGCCUGAUGGUGGUGUUCCUGUACGCGAGCACCCCCGGCGCCUUCCGCGCCCUUAUCAAGAUAGAACAGCGCACUAAAGUUCGUCCACAUCCUCUCCCGCUGGUCAAAUUCGCUGAUGUGCGUCUGAAGCUAUUGGGUCGGUACAUGGCCAUGAUGUGUUGCGAAGACCUGACUGCGUACGCGCUGAUAAGAAUGGACGAAAUGCCCACGACCGAGGAAGAGUGUACCCUGGCUGCCUCGAAGCUGGGCAUCCGCUUGCCUGGCGGACACUCGUAUCUCCACGUCAAAAGAAUGGCGGAUGAGUUAUAAAUACAAAUCAAUCAAAACACCCAUAUUCUCCGAUACGAUCCAAUAAGAAUAAAGUAGCAGAAAAUAAGACAGAUGUGCCAGCAAUUUUUAUUCUAUUGAUGUUACUCGGA